AUGGAGGAGAGAAUUGUCUAAUUUGCACCAUUCUUGGCAAGCAGAGCCAAUGAAAUUGCUUAAUUGUAAAAUACUCUUAAAAGCAAAUUUCUAAACUCAACUGCUCAGCCAUUUUAAGUAAUCCAUAAGCACAUGAGAAGAAGAGCCAUGUCACAUAAUAGAUAUCGUAUCCCUAGUUCAUUGAGAAAACAUAUGUCUGGCCCAGGAUUGGAAGAGAGGGACUUGAAGUAAAAAACUCCAAAGUGUAGAAAGCAUAUAAGAAAGCGAAGAGAUUUAAUUUUUCUGAAUAGAUCAAAUAAAAUUUUAUGGAUGGAAACUCACUUGUAUUAGGUCAAGAGAAUGAAGAUGAUUAAUUACUGUGGAUUUAAGGUGCCAGAAAAAGCAAACGAAAAGAAUUUUAGAGCAGUUCACAGAUAUUUCGAUCAUGGAAGUAUGAUUUUUGAUGCUUCAUACUAUUAAAUUGUUGAGGGUAGCAUAGAAAAUGAAUUAGUUGUUGAUGAUCACACAAUUAUUCAUCCUUAAGAAGUACCUGAUACAGAUUUUGUUGUUCAUAAUAAUAAAUACAACAUUUUUUAAAUAAUUGGAAGAGAAUCCUUAUAAAUUGUUAACUCUUUAUUAAAUAUUUUUAAUUGCUCAAUAGAUGGUCAAACACAUAAAUACUUUAGUUUUAAUUAUUAAUAUGAGAAGAUAUAGAGUGUUACUACAAAGAAAGGUAGGAAAAUCAAGACAUUAGCAGAUUAUGAUGAGGAUAUGAAAGACAUGCAUGAAGUGUUUGAAAAUAAAGGGGAUGAAGAUAUCAAUAAAUCUGUUUGGCAAAUAGAUUAAAAUUAAUUUAUGAAGAGAUUCAAAAUUGAUACGAGAAAUCGAUAUACACAUUAGAGAAAUAAAAAAUAAAUAUUCAAAACUCUUUUAGAAAUUAGAUAAAAAUAAUAAUAAUAAUAAUAAUAGCAAUAAGUUGAACCAUAAAUACCGAUUGAUCUCAUGAAAAAAAAAAGAGCCAUGAGAUGGUUAUUGAACUAAAUGGAUAAAAAUGAGAAUGACAUAAGUGUUGAGUUGUUUGAUUAAAAUGAAAAAGAAGAAAAACCUGAUAAAGAAAUUUAAAUAGAAUAGCCUGAUAUUUAAGAAUAGAAACCUUAAAAAGAAGAAGAUUUAUAAAAGUUACAAUAAAAUACUACUCUAAAACCCAAGGAUAUUCAAAUAAAGAUGUUAAUAAUACCACCAUCAAAUUAGAUAAAGAAGUAAAUUGAUAUUGGUUACAAAUUGAUUAUUAAUUUGGGAGGAGGAUUAAUAGUUUGGAGAUUGUUCAAUUAAUUAAAAUUAAAGCCUGUUGGCCUACGUGAUAUUCGCCAAUUAUGUUUGGAAAACAAUGUCUUAUUUAAUGAAUACGAAAAUGAAGAUCUCAUUGAAAAGUAUCUAAAAAGCACUAAUAAAAUCAAUUAUUUGGCUCUACAGUUUCCUUAUCCUUUUUCAUUUGAUUUUUCCCUGUAUCCAUCAUGGUGUUCUUGCCAUUUAAUAGCUUAUAAGAAUGUUCCAUAAAAGCAAGCAUUAAUCCUUCAACCGACAUAGGAGGAUUUUGAACUCCUUAAGAACAAGGUCUUUAAAAUCCAAAUAUAAAGAACAGAGGAUGAAAAAACCAAAAAUAAGCAAUAGAGUUGA